AUGCCUGGCGUGUACCGAUCCCUUCUGUUGGGGCCUCGAGGCCUGUCAGAACCAGGUCCAGAGGCCGCUACAGCAAAAUGUAAGGGUGCCUCCACAGGGUCAUUUUGGUUUCAUCUUGUGCUCUGCUCUGCAAAAGCAUCCAAAGCAACCUUUAUGAGUUUUCUUCAAGAGGACUCAGUGACCUUUGCUGAUGUGGUUGUGGACUUCACCCAGGAAGAGUGGACUUUACUGGACCUCUUUCAGAGAAAGCUAUACAGAGAAGUGAUGCUAGAGAACUACAAGAACCUGACCGCAGCAGAUAAGGCUGCCAUCAUUCCUAUAGCCUCUACCAAAGACUCAGCAUUUCAGCAGGAUAAUCUUGGGGGGAAAACAUCUGUUGAGAUGAAAACAGUAACAUCAGUAAUAUUAAAAUGCCAUAUUUCAUUUUUUCCACAUUCAGAAAAGAAAGGUAAUUUCAUUUACAGCACAAGCAAAGUGAUAGAUGUAAGCAAUAGGUGACAGUCAUCCAGGGAAGAGCAGUGUUUAUGGUGAGAUACUCUGAAUAGGAUGAAUUUGGGGAUAUCGUAAACCUAGCUUGAUACUUAUUGCUUCAGAGUUCCCCUAAGUUCUUGCUUCCACAUAUGUAACAGGAAAUUUGAGAUUUUCACAAUAAUUCAUGAAGCUGUAGAGGAUUAUUUCAAGGUUGAAGUAGGUGGAACAUCAUUCUAGCAGAAAUAUUCCGUCAUUCAAUUUGAAAGAAAUCAACAGAGCAGAUGUUUGUAAAUAUAAUAGAAAUGGUGAAAGUCAUCAUCAUCAUUAUAAUCAUAUUUCAAGUUUGAGAUGAAUAGGAUCAGUUAAUGAGCCUGAGCAAUCUUUGCAUCUGUUAGAGAAAUUAAAUAGUCUUGUUUAGGCUUCAGAGACAAAGUAGGCCUCUGACAUUGCUUCCAACCUGCCUGGACACUGUCCUGACUGUGAAUGACUAUCAGUGACUGCCUGCUGUGAAUGCAAGACUUGCAGCACCAUAGAUAAGAUGGGGGAGGGAUCUUGAGAUUGUUGAGCCCCUGGAGGGGGCCUGGCCAGCCAAGCCCCAGGCUUAGUAGCAACAUUCCAAAUUUUACAUGACAAAACCAACAGUAUUAACAAGAAACCAGGCUUGCAAUUUGGUCACAGAUGAUAAUAAUAUCAGUUUGCAGCCCUCCUGGGAUUAUAAAUGGGAACCCUGAACCGCAAUCUUUGAAGUUUUACCCAUAGAGCAGACUUUCUGCCUGAGACCCUUUCCCAAUUGGGAUUCUAGAUGUGCUGCGACAUGGGACUUCUCAGUGCUAUUUAAGUCAGGAUGUUGGUCAAAACCCAAUUUGGUGAUGUAUUCUCUGCUUUCUAUUUCUCUUUUCUUUUAAUGUUAGUAUGUUGAAAGUGAGCUCGAUAAUUCUCUAAUAAAUAUUUGUAUUAUUUAUCUGUAUAUAACGAGUCACUCAUUUUGUUAACAAAUGCUUUGAACCUGAGACAAAAGUGAAAACUUUUGGCAAAACAGCAUCAUCAUUUCUUUAUCCAUCC